GCAAGGUCCCGCAAGUACGUAAUAUGCUGAAUCCCGGUCAUCACUAGUCCCGUGAUGAAUAAUCCUAGCCCUCGUGAUGCAUGAUGAAUUCAUCACUUUAAUCACGAUUCAUCACGAUUCAUCAACAGUCAUCAGAGAUUCAUCACUCAUCGCCGAUUCAUCACUUGUUCAUCACAUUCAUCACCCUUGUGAUGAAUUCAUCACCCAUUCAUCACAUUCAUCACCAUUCAUCACCAUUUUCAUCACCACUUUCAACACGACUUUCAACACUGCCAACACUCUCUGUAAGCAAGCAACAAGCUCUCAACAGACAACAGAAGGAUGCCAGGCAAUCAACCCGAGGCGACAUGGAGGAAUAGCGACACGAAGGAGAUGCUACGAGAGGCUAUCCUUCGCGGCGAUUUGCACGAGGAAUCAGAUUUGCAUCAGCUUUACACAAGCAAUGCUCUGUACUACAAAUGGCCUUGGGCUCAAUUCAAACGAAAUACAAGCAGCCUGAUUACUUCGAUUAAGAGUGGCAAGCAAGGCAUCAAGUGGAAAGGUAGCAAAGGGCGUGCUUUGCUCAAAGAACAAAUCAUUGCCGGAAUUGUGCAUGAGAUGUCCGACCCAGAACAAGUCCAUGCUGGCCGAGAUGAAUUCAAAAUAUUCCCAAUCAACAGUUUCAAAACAAACAUGGGAAACCUGUUGGAUCAAAUUAUCACUCAGUUUGAACGUUUGGAGGUUGAUACAGAAGCUUAUGGCCAUGAUAUGGCCAUCAUUUUGGAGAGGAGGAAGAACAAUCCACUCGAGAAGAGACCAUGGCAUAGAUCCCCUUGUCCAUCUUUGUUGGAGAAAGACGUGAAGGAUGGGAAGCAUUUGGAAAUUGAUCCAGAGACCGGAAAGAAAGUGAAGCCUGUUGUGUUGUAUCAAUCAAGGCUUGAGUACAGAGAGUUUUCUCAAAAGGUUUUUCGUAACCAUCUUUAUCAAGAAGUCGAUAAGAGGGCAAAGCAACAGCUUCGCAUGGACAAGAAAAAGACAAGAGUGCCUAUGGCUGAUCGCUAUCAGGUUAGUGGAGAUAAACGGCAUCUUCUCGACAGAGUUGACUAAGCACACAAUCAGCUCUUUACUUGGUUUAAUAAGCUUUGAUUAGAAAC